AUGAAGCCGAAGCUGAAGGUGAUUGCCCACACCGUGACAGGAACAGACUGCUCUGAUUCGGAGGCGAAGGUGCUCAGGCUCUCUGGGCAGUUUCACAUCGAGGCGGACAUGCUCGUUGCAGAAGCAAGCAGCAAAAUCGUGGAGUUCUUCAAGUCCGAGUUUCUGGCUGCCUCGUUCUACGUCAAAUACGAUUUCCACCACCUGAGCAUCUUCAGAAUCCUCCACCAGAAGCGCCUGUUCAUUGACAUCGGCGAGUUGAAGACGAGUGGGUUUCUGACGUAUCCACUGGCGUACAGUCGAGUGAUGUACGACAUUUCUGCUGAUGACCCUGAGAAAUACUAUGACUACCCCUACGCAAUUCAUAAGGCUGUUUUCACUGACCAGGGGGUGAGCCAAACUGUCCAUUUCGUAGACAGGGAUCUCGAUGACUGUGGAAUGGGCUGCUGUGGAACAGGAGACGGCGACUACACGGCCACUCGUCUCGAUGACACGCUUCUGAAGGUGAGGCAGCUACCAGGAAAGACAUUCUACCGCUACCAGGAAUUCACCAGAAAUGGAGAACCAGUCUACUACAAUCCACACGUAGCAAAUGCAAAUUGCACCGUAGAGGCAGAGAUACGCGUUUAUGAAGACGCAUGGGCUGACAUGGGUGACUACAGCUCAUUCACCACAGAUAGUCCACUCUGUCUGGGUCUCGCAAGAAUCCAAAGCAGGGCUGAGGCAGAAGUGGACUGCACCGUAUUCUUCAUCACCGUUCUGGAGGGAUCAGUUUCACAUGCUGGGAUUCACUUUCGAGUUCCAGUCAGAAUUCUGGUUGACAAUACGUCCCAGUUUACGGGAAUUACGGCACUCAUCCACGAUGGAGGAGACAUGUGGAUUCUGGCUGACGUCAGAGAUCCACUCGAGGACACCACCAUCAAUGAGGUGGGCCACAACUUCUCAAUUCCAUUUUAUAUCGCAAGACGUGGUGAUGUUCCACCAGGAAUAGGGUAUUUGAAUCAAGAGGCAUCACAUAGGGCGAGUCUCUAUUUCAAGGCGUAUGGAACAGCAAUAAUGUUUCACUUUCCAGGGAAGAUCAACAAGAAACUGCUGAUGUUCUUUCUGGAUUGGAUGACGUGGGGCGCAUCUAAGUUGUACGUCUACAAGUUAUUCUACAGCAAUGCGAAUGAUUUGGUGAAAUCGAAGUUUGAGACUACCAGGAAUCCAGAAGACAGAAAUACAACAACUCAGAGUAGAUUCAAGUGGAUUCAGUACAUCAAAAUUGCAAAGGAGUUGGUUGUUAUACAGAAUAAGAAGAGUCAGGCCAUGUUGAGACUGGAAAGGGUGUUUAGGGAGACAAUGGUAGAAAUAGACACGGUAUUUGUUGAAUAG